GCAUUUCACGUCUGCGAGACAGGGCUACCGCACGCGCUCUUGCUUACCACCGUCCGCGUACAGCGUGUUUCAAAACGCUAGAUCGUGCCGUGUUGUGAUAGUGCCUGUGCUUAGUAAACAAGGAUUAUAUUUUUGUAGCUUUUUAUUUCAAUAUACGAAAUCAUCAAUAAUGGGCUAGCGUUACCACGGGAACACGAACGCAAAAUGAACGAAAGUCGCGAACGCUUUCGACGCGAGAGGGAGCGAGAGAAGAACACGUACACGUCUCCCCGUCUCGCUCUACGCCGCGUGCUCCUGCUGGCCGAAGGGAGACAGUUCCGGGAAGCGGCUGCUAUUGUAUCAAGACUCGGACCGGGCGUGUUACAGAGCGUGGUCUCUGACUUGCCAUUGGACUUGUUAAUUGAAGCUUUACCUCAUUCGGCGCACCUUAUUGAGACGCUGCUAAAUAGGCUCAUAUCGUUGGAGGUGUCUCCACGACCGGAGAUACAAUGCGAGUCGGUAGCCUGGAGGCUGGUCGGACUUCUCGGCGGAGAUCAAGGGUCAGGACUUCGUGCCAGAACUUCGCGGCUCGCGUCUGCCCUGGUACACUAUGCACCAGAUUCAAGAGACGCUAUUGAUUCGAGGAGAAGACAACUCGACGCUGCUGUCCAAGGUCUUGGAACACACGGACUCACAGCAGACUCGUCAGGCACUCUGAUAUCCUUACAUGUUGCCAUGAAGAAUGAGCUGCAAAGGCACGUAGAGGUCUACAAACAAGCAUUACACAAGCUGGAGGAACUGUCACCGGUGACAGUAAACCAGGAUCCAGCAUCAUCGUCCCACCAGCGUCUACUUGCUCUCUCCCACGCUGACGUGGAGCGUCGACUGAUUGACAACAAGUCCCUGCUGACCAUCGUUGAUAAGCCAGCCUUAAGGCAGCUACCCACAUUGGUCGCAUCUUUAGCAGCACGGGUGGAGAGCGACAAAGCAGUGCUAGCCUGCAUUGGACAGAUCAAGAGAACUGAUCCGACUUUAGAUUUGAGCGAUACGAGACCGGUAGCGGGUGUGCUUAUGAGCUACUCCCGGGGUUGUGCAGCCGUCCUCAGUCAAAUGUCCGAAGCAGAAGCUACAGGAGGACAGUCGGUCGUGCCUCGGUCACCGACGGACUCUGCCAGCGAUGGAUAUCAUUCCGACAGUGACGACUCACAUCAGCAUCCGGAUAGGAGCAAAUUGGUUUCUGAGUAUGCGUCAGUGUGGGCGCGGGCCGCAGCAGAGGCGCUCCCGGCAUUGGCGGCGCUGGAGCCACUGCGACCGACGCCGCACUUGAAGUACAAGAUCGUCUUCUCUGUUGUUGUUCUCUCUUUCCGAGCAGUAAUAAGUCUUCGUGAUCGUCGCUUGUCCGAAGUGAAGGCUCUACUCGGAGUGAACGAAGAGACUAAAGCCAACGAAGCCACGGUCUCGCGGCUUAUUGUUGCAGCGACACGGAUGCUACAGGAAACAGCUCACAGCUUCCCUCUCGGUGAUGCCGAGAGAACGGUUGUGAAUCAGGUGCUGAAUACUCUCCGGGAGUACCCUUGCCUGGCCUCAUGCGCGGCUCUACACGCGCUGGUCGCGGCCGCCACGCGCGCAGCUUGGACCAUCAGCUUGCACUCACCACCACUUAGAAUCGACACCGACUUCACUCCUGUGUUAAUGAACCCAGAGAAGCAUGUAAGGUUUUCGGCGGGAGAGCUAAAGGACAGACGCUCUGACCUCAUCAAAUCUUUCGUGUGGCCGGCGUUAAUGGAUGGCAAUCGAUGCGUGUUCAGAGCCGUUGUACUUACAUAGUUUUACAAUAAAUUAUCAAAUUAAAUAUUUAGAAUAAGGAUUUAAAUACAACACGAUGUAUAUAAUCUAUCGAUAUUUAAAUGAAGUUUGAUAUAUGAAUUAAUUUGUUUACUCGAUAAGUGUUCGCAUUAAAAGGGUUUGUUAUAACAACAAUAAUAGGUGCUAUUGAUGUUUGCCCGACACCUCGACUCCUAAAGAUAAUAUGUCUUUAAUCGUACCUAUACAUAGGCGAUACUGCUGUACCAGUCUGUUGGACUUAGGAUAAACCUCUACUAAGCCUGCUUUGCCUGGUGACGUUGAUAUAGUCUCUCAAGACCAUCAGCUUAGGUAGAAAAACAAACAAAGCCGUUACUGCUGAAUCAGUCUUAGUAUAGCAUAAUAUUUGCCCUGAGGAGCUAAGUAAAAUUUGUCCAAGCAAAGUUGCACAGUUUAUUCUGGAUUUAGGCCUGGACAAAGAUAUAUGUCUAAGGAAAGUUGCACAGUUUAUUCUGGAUUUAGGCUUGGAUAAAAAUACGUAAAACUCUGAAGAAGUCAUAAUUGAUUCAUGUGGGACAUAAGACGUCUGGCGUCUACGGUAUAUUCCCAUCAUCAUACGCGAGUAAUAUCAAUACAGUGCAAUCUUAAUAUAACGAACCUCAAUAUAACGACGUCCUCGAUUUAACAAAUUCUUCGUUAUCCCCUCGAAUUGUCCAUAAGAGUCAAUGUAAAAUGUACAUUUACAUUGCGAAGAUUUCUUGCGCACAACCCCUUUAUAACCAAUUUUCAACUAUCGAAAAAAUGUAAAUACCUCUAAUUAACGAAUUUUGUUAACGCAAAGCCUUUAAUGUUCCCACCAAUAUGACCCGUGUGAAUCAGUCUCGACAGGUUUGAGAAAAAUUGUCUAAUUACUAUCUAAUUGUUUUUUAAUAGAAAAUACAUACAGUAAUUUGAUAAAAAUGUGGUAUCGUUUAUUAAUAGAAGUUGUUCGCUAUAACAAGAUGAGUACGUAAUGUUGAGGUGAAUAAAACUAGUUUUUUUUUACCGCGUUAUUAUAACAAAUAGUAGACAAGUAGUAUAACAAACCUCAGUUUACCCAAUUACUUAAUAUAACGAUUAUUUACUUACUUCCUUCCGAUUUAUUAUAUCGAGGUUGCACUGUAGUGACUAUACUGUUUAUACACUAUACCUACUCGUUCUGUUUAAACAUCGCUCGAUUGAGAUUAGGCAAAGGUAGAUUAUCGAUGUUAACGCUAAUAAAAAUAUUAUGGCAAGAAAAUAAUGUAUAGAGGUAGCUCUCAUAUAAACGUGAACUUAUAACAAGAACCAUAUAACAGUUUAAUUUCGAGACAAAGGUUUUCAGAAAUCUUGCAUACGUUUGUGGAUACCGGAAUGUGCCGUGCCAUUUUUAACGAUGCGGUAGUAGUAGUUUGUGGAUGGACAUAGACAAAAUUCGAUUAGGAUUUUAAUGAUAACCAAUAAUUAAAAAAAAAGUGGGAUAAUAAUUCAAUUUCCUUUUAUAGUACAUUACACUAAACACAAUAUUGCAAAUUAGCCGAGCACAACAAUGGCGCAGAAUUUUAGGUGCGUGAGAGCAGACGUAGACACUAACGCGCAUGCGCACUUGUCAGUACCCAGGGAGGAAAAGUUACACUUUCUUCCCUGUACAGCGGGAGGAAAAGUUAGACUUUCUUUCCUGUACAGCGGGAGGAAAAGCGAACGUUCGGCGUAAGUAGGAGAAAAUAUAUAUUUUAUCGUGUUUUUAAUACCGAUAUCGGAUUAUAAAUAUUUUUGGUAAUUCAUCAUUGUGAAGUUAAAUUUUCGAAUUCUUACUUCGUGGAAUUAAAUUUAAAUAAAAAUAAGUGAAAGUUAAAAGUAGGAUAUUUUGUGAAAUAUACUACAUAUUUGUAGCGGUGCACUUAGAGUGCUCAAAAUUGAAAUUGUCAAUGUUUUUAAGCUAUUCCUUCUAAGUUACGACGAUCUAAUGUCAUUAAAAUCGCCAUAGAAGAACAUAGUGCCGUCUCUAAUUCAUAAUCUGUCAUGUAUAUUUCAUAAUAUUUUAAUAUGUUGCGCAUUUUCAUUUUGCAUGAGUCAUACAUAACUUAGAACUUGUCUAUUGUUCAUACACCUUGAUUAGGUAGUUAAAUAUUUAAUAAAUUAUCAGUUAUAAUAACUAUGGUAUUUGUACAAAAAUUUGCAUGUUAUGUUUUAAUUAUUUACUUAUUUGUUGUAUACAUUUAUUGGAUUAUUCUAUUUGUUUCGAGUAAAUGAUAUUGACAUCAA